UACUAAUAGUCGAUGAACUUAAGUGUUGGUCACUUUUGUAACUUCAGUGGCAACUGGGGGAAUGGAGGAUAACUUUUCUCAGUGUCUUCUGAAUUGGUGCAUUGAACAAACCAAAACGUACCCACAUAUUAAUAUCACUGAUUUCACAUCAUCAUGGAAAGAUGGUCUGGCGUUUUGUGCCUUAAUUCACAAACAUUUCCCUGAUCUAAUAGAUUUUUCGCACUUGAAGUCUGAAGAUGCUGUAACAAACCUUAAGUUGGCGUUUUUCGUUGCAGAAACAAAAUUGAAUAUACCGGUGCCUACAAGACCACAAGUCAUAGUAUUAGAAGAUGUAAAUGAAAAGAUAAUAUUUGAAUACGUUUCUAAGUUGUAUGGGGCAUUAUCAAGAAAUUCAGGUUCAAAUAAGCUUUCUGAUAAAAACUUAUCAUAUUUGUGUGAACAGGAGGAAGGACUUCUUAUAUGUGACCUUUGUGGAGAAACUAUAUUUCGUGUCGAGCAGCUGACUGUUUUCAGUAGGAACUACCAUCGUAGUUGUUUUCGUGACAACCAGUUAACUUAUCUCAAAGAGCGGAAUAAAACACUAAAGGGUUCCAACUGUUCUGAUGGUCCACCGCUGACUAAAUUCUCAGGUAAACGAGAUCUAUUUGUCUUCUCGUCAUCUUCACUUCUAGUAGCGGAUCCCUUCCCAAUAAGAUUCAGUCCACAAAAAGAAUUGAACACUGUUAGCAAUGGAAAAAGUCAACCAACAUGCAAACCUCCUUCUAGACCGCCACUUCCUGAUGUUUUAAGUAAUAAUGCGUCUCCUGAACUUAAUAGUGUUUUGAAGAUAAAAGCCAAAAUAUCAGCUGACAUAGAACAGCGUAAAAAUAACUCUAAUUCCAAACAUCAUAACAUCGUUUCUUAUCCUGCUGCUUUAAAUCCGUUCGAAGAUGACUCUUUGCGUGAUCCCAACUCUCAGUAUGAGUGUACGUAUAAGCCUUAUAAUCCAUUUGACGACGAUUUAUCAGCCUUAGACUCGGAAGAAAUUAAUAAUAUUUCAGAUUCUGAGCACUCAGACAUAUUAAGUAUGUCAAACCCUCCAUCUCUGGUAUCCACGCCUAGUAACCAUAUAAACAAGUACAUGGAACAGAGUAGUCAAAAUUUUUCCAUGGAAAAAUUAGUCGCAGAUGAAUCAGUCAAUCUUCGGACCGCUCACUCUUCUAUAUAUGAUUUAUCGAGUUUACUCGCUUAUGGUAGUCUGAACAAAGCACAGUCCUCUUCACUAAGCAGUGAUGCAAAACAGUCCUCGAAAUCUCCCCUUAAUGGAUCAAAUGCAAAGAUAAGUAGGUCAGUUAACACUAAAGGGCCUGCCCCACCUAUUCCUGUUUUAUGCCGACGUGAUGUCAGACGCGAUCAGCAAAGCGACUUCAUUCCAUACACUGAAUUACACAGACAACUAUAUGAUAUAAACAAUGAACUUUCCAAUCUGGAACUAUCUGCUCGCAAAAUUCAAACAAGUAUUAGAGAAAUGUCUGAAAAUAAUGAAAGCGUCAAGAGACUAUUGAAAAAGUGGCUCCAUACCGUUGAAUUAAAGGAUAAUCUCUUCAAAAAGGAAUCAGAGUUACUUCAAAGGCUUCGUUGUCAAGAGCUAGAGGAUCGUCAUGCUGAUUUAGAAUAUGAACUACGAACGCUAUUGGCCAAACAAGGUGGGAAUCUUUAUAUUAGAAAAGUAUCCUGUACUGCAUGCCUAAUCAAAUUUCUUUUACUGUUAUCACAUUUCGGUGAUAGAGAUCUUAUAACAAUUUUAGCCCCAUGUUUGGAAAAUUAAGUACAUUCUAAAGACUAAAGAAGAAAAAGCUCGUGAAGAAGAGCUGAUUGCUGACUUAUUAUAUGUGGUUGACAAAAGAGCUGAACUUUCAGAAUCCACUGGAGAUUUCAAACCAAAGCAUCGAGCGAGAUCAUCUAGCCGAAGAACCCUCGAAAGUAAAUUCAAACGUAAGCUUCUGUCAUUAAUAAAUUCAGUUCAUCAAAGUAUUUUUCAAACUCAUGGUGUUAGUCACAGUUAAUGUAGGGGAUUUUCGAUAGUUAUAAAUACCUUUAGCCGGUUGAUACUACGAUCUAGAUUUCAUUAUCUUCAAUUAUCGGAAAAGGUUAUAAUCUACAACUCUUAUGAAAAGUUACGUAGAAUAUAUCUUACCAAGAAAAAGGGAAAUUCAGGAUUAGGAUUGUAUUUGCACAAACAAAAAGAUAUUACACAUUGGCUUGAUAUCUAAGCUUCUACAUGCUGUUAAACUGUCAUCAAUAACAAGAUUGGUUAUUUCAUCUAUGAAUGGCUUAUAAAAAAACCAAUUUACCAGAUGAAAAUGACAAUUCAUUAUUAGCUUUAAGAACAUCUUAGAUUUUUAUAGAUAAAAUAUUAUAUUUACAAUUGUAAGUUAAGAUCAAAUGAAAAGAGACAGUAUAAGUAUUAUUUUCGUAACUGUCCUGUUUUUGCAGUUAAGGGAGUUACCAUCACCGAUCAUCCGAGUGCUAGACCUUAAUUCUUCACACCCUAUUACGUUCGAUAAUACUUCGUACUCAAACCUAAAUUUGUUGAUUCUAGUUUCAUCAAUCUACAUUCAACUUGUUUAAUAUAGGACUUCAAUAAAAAAAUGUCACGUCACAAUGUAGCUCAUAUCCGUCUGAGAAUGAUUACUGUUGCACCAAAGUAGUUAGAGUCGAGAAGUUCAAAAAGGAAAAGUCGGUUAGUCAUGUGCAUCGUAGAACCUGUCAUAUGUGCACCAGUUCACGUUACCACAUCAUAUUGGCACAGCUAUAUGAAACUAUUAAGACAAAUGCUAUAGAUGUAGUGGCGGUGUGAAGAAUCAGGCCUUCAAAAUAUGAUUAGAAAAAAAAUAAUGAAUUUGUAGGAUGAAAAGUACGAGUAAUCUUAAAUAAGAGGUAUUUGGAGAAAACCUAUUAGUGCCAUGUGAGUGAUUCUGCUUUAUAUCACUUAACGUCUCCAACCCAGUAGUCCGUAACUAGUUUAUAAGUUUCGAUUCAACUGUCAAUGACUCUGUGGACCGAUGUUACAUCUUAGUUCGACUGCCUUUAGCAUUCUUCCAACUUCUACACCAUCAGACAUCGAGGGUCAAGGUAUGUGAAGUCAGGGUAUACAUCAAGCACGGCCAGACUACUUCAGUCGACUAAAUAUCUACUAUUUCAUCAACUGAUUUUCCAUUCUUACCCAGUACCAUGUGUCCAACCUCAAAAGUGUUUACUCGAUGACCUCGACAAUGAUUCGAAAAGAUCAGUGGUCUGAUAUUAGUAACCUUUGAAUAUCAUCUAUCUCUAAGGGUUGUUUCACAGCCCUAUAAUAAAAUAGAGCGAACUGCUGCACGUUAGAAUUGUCCUAUGGUUGGUAGAUAGAUACAUCGUCAACACCACAAGUUGGCAAAAACCAAUAGAGCUCUUGUCAGACACUAAAACACCAGGACUGAUGAGAUUUGCCUAUUGGAUGGAAAUCCUAACUUAGUCAUAAUCGCCUGCCUUAUUUGUAUAUAUUUGAUUAUUAAUUUUGACUAGUUUUUUUUAAAUGUUUAUUUGUUGUGGCUAUUUAUAAUCUAGAAAUAUGCCUCAGUUUGCGACAUG